UGAAAAUAUAAAAAAAAAAUUUUUAAAUAACAAAAUUUAAUAAUUUUGAAUUGGUUCAUAUUUUAAGAAUAAUAUUUCCAACGUAUUAUGGAUAUUACAGUAUUUUCUGAGGAAAACUUUGAUACCAAAGAAUGGUUGAAUAAAAUUCUCGAAGAAGGUGAAAAGCAAGAUAAAAAGGAGAAUUAUACGAUGUCCCUUGUUAUGAAAUUACAACUUUAUGUCCAGCAAGUAAACAAAUCUUUAGAAGAAACGAGUCAAGAGGUAUUGUCUUCACUACCAAAAAUAAUCAGAAACACAAAACAACUCCAGGAAGAAGCAGAAGCCCUUCGAUUUAAGAUGGGUGUAGUACAGAAAGAAAUAACAAUUAUUGAGAAUGAAACUGGAAAGUCAAUUAACACUAUUGAGAAAUUAGAUAAUAUGAAAAACAAAUUAGAAAUAGCCAAGCAGGGACUUCAUGAAAGUGACAAUUGGGCCAUAUUAGUCAAUGAUUUAGAAGAUGUGUUUGAUACCAAAAAUAUAGAACAAAUAUCAAGAAAAAUCUUAGGAAUGCAACAAUCUCUCAAGUUAUUGGUGAAUGUUAGUGAUUAUGAAGUACGCAAAAUGCAAUUGGAGGGUUUGAAAAAUAGGUUAGAAGCUAUAGCCAGUCCAUUGAUUGUGCAAGCAUUUACCUCCAAUAAUACUGAAAAUGCUAAAGUAUAUGCAGAAAUAUUCACUUCUAUUGAAAGACUGCCGCAGCUCAUGAAAUACUAUCAUAAGUGUCAAAAGGAAGUGUUACUGAAGAAAUGGAGAGCCAGUCUAGAAAAAGAUCAGGAUGAGUCUGUAUCACAAUGGAUGCACACUUUCUACAAUCUGUUGAUAUCUAACUGGCAUACGCAGAAUAAAUGGUUCAAUCAAGUGUUUUCUAAUCAGACCUCUACAGAAACCCUGGUGGACAUCUAUAUUGACAUGCUGACUUCUUUGGACCCUAGCUUUAACGAAUGCAUUGAUGCUGCUCUCAAACAGGUGGCAGAUAAGUUGAGCCUUCUACAGGAAAUCAAACAGACGAUAAUACAGUUUUGCAAUAAUUUGAAUAAUGUUAUCAAGCAGACCGCACAAGUCAGAGUGGAUUCAGCGAAAAUUCUGCUUUUGUUCCAAGCGGUCUGCAAUCCUUUCAUCAGUUACGUCAAUAAAUACGGAGCCUAUGAACAAGCUCACCUGCUGAAAAAGCUUUCCAGUGUCAAUUUCAUGCAGGAAGAAUUGAGUGACACCAUUCAAAACUUGGGGUUGAGUGUACCUUCUGUCAUGGACAUAGCGAGGGAAUCUAGAUAUCGAUGCGCGGACAUAACAGAGAACUGCGGUUACUGCGGCCUACUCAUCGCGCUUAGGGCCUUUUUCUCCAAAUACGUAGACCACUUCAGGGUAGCACUCAGGCAGAUCGAGAGGAAUAAGAAGAACGUUGAAGAUUGGACGACCCUUCAGCUAUGCUUCUCUCUGCUGCAAAUUUCUGGUGAUGUUUUGCUGAAGGUCAAGCAGUUCGAGAAGGAACUAACAGAAACUGUUUUGGAGGAUCUCAACAGAAAAUUCGAGGAUGUGGAAUUCAAGUAUCUGAUCCUGAACAAGGAGGACCGAAGAGAGUUUGAAUCCCUUGUCAAGUGUGUAACCGAGGGCACCAAACUCUCCCUGCUGGACCACAUAUCUAACGAGUUCGUCUCUUUGUGUUCCGAUAUUCACGAUACAACUUACCAGGUGGUACUAUCGCCGAUCUCGAGUCAGUUGAACGUCGUGCAGUCGUCAAAGACGUGGGCCCAGUUCGCAAACUCCAGUUUCCACACUUCAGACAUGCCUGACUACAGUUUGUCGCCACAGGAAUAUAUUACAGAGAUAGGACAGUACUUGAUGACUUUGCCCCAACAUCUGGAACCUUUUCUAUUCAGGGACAAUCCUUCCCUCUCCUACAUUCUGAGAGCAAUAAAUGAGGAAUAUAGUACUGCAGAUGAUACUGAAGGAGCUCUAGCGACAGUGUUUCUAAAAUUGGUCGCAAAGGGAACUUGCCAAGCAUUUUCAGAUAAGAUCUUGAGCAUCUGUGAAUUAAACUAUCCAGCCAGCAGACAACUAUCACACGAUAUUGGAUACUUGAGCAAUGUUAUGCAAGAUUUGGGUCUGACAAUAUCUGAUAACUUGCAGCAGUUGUCUGUGCUAUUGAAAAUACCUGCUGAUCAAUAUCAGUCACAAAGUUCUGGUUAUUCUGCAAGAAAUGUAGCAGCAAUUAGGCAAAUGCGGAAUAUUCUGUCCAACUAGUUCUAAUGAAAAAUUUUAAAACUUUUUAGUUGCCAAGAUAAUUAAAUAUUUUAGGAAAAUAAUUUCCUCAACUCCAAAUGGUAAAUAUGUAAUAUAAAUACUUCAAACUUCUGUAAAUAUUUUAUGAAAGUAAUAUGAUAUAAAUAUAGAUUUAAAUGCAAAAA